CUACAGUCUAGGCUAUCCGUUCGUCCAUCCGUCCGUCCGUCCGACUGCAAAUACGAGCUGCUGCUGCUGCAAAAAAAAGACAAAGGACGAUAAAAAAUAACCAUGAAGAAUUUAAUAUUCGUGGUAGCUGUGGUAACUUUUGCUACGGUUUCGGCCAACAGAAUCAAACGCGCUCCGUUGAAAGUUUCGGUUUACUAUGAAUCUCAUUGUCCGGACAGCAGAGAUUUCAUCAUUACACAACUCCAUCCACACUUCUGUAAAGUACAACAAUACUUGAAUUUGAACUUGGUGCCUUUUGGUAAGGCAUAUAGUUCGGAUCAAGGUUUCACUUGCCAGCACGGACCUAAAGAAUGCCGUGGUAACACAAUACAUAACUGUGUGUUGAAACGUAUACAAGAUUCUACAGCUCAAGUAAACUAUGUGAAUUGUGCCAUGUAUAAUCCCGACCAACCAGGACACAUUGAAAAAACGUGUGUUGAAGAAAGCGGCGUCAAUGUCGACCAAGUAGAAAAAUGUUUUACCUCAUCGGAAGGCUAUGAAAUGAUGCUAAAGGCUGAAAAAGAAACUAAAGCAAUGACACCUGGACCACUGUUUGUGCCUACCAUUGUGUUUGACGAUGAAUAUAAUGACGAUGAUCAAAAUCAAGCGUUCGUGAACUUCGAAUCAACGCUAUGUGAGAAGCUAGUGAGCCACGGGCACACGGAAGUGUGCUCAAACGGUGCGAUUAUAAGCCAUGAAACAUGUUGAACGAUUUAUGUACUAUAAUUGAUAAUAAUGCUUUUAUUAACAAUACUAUAUUGUUAUUACUAGUCAUUUUAUCA